AUGGUCGAACCAGAGCCCCCAGUGCCGACGGAAGUGCCGAGACUGGAAGGGGAAGAGAGUCAAGAGACAACGUCGCUAGGUUUGGUGAUGGACUUUGAUGGUUUGAGCCGGCCACGCGUCGGAACCCGGGCGAGCGUCGGAACCCGGGCGAGACUUGAAGAGUCCCCCGAGGAAGGCGUCAAACGGCUUGGGAGGAUGCGGGAUGCCGUGCGGACCCUCCUUGAAUGCGUUGGAGAGGACCCCGACCGGCCAGGCCUCCUUGACACGCCCGAGCGGUAUUCCAACGCCAUGAUGUUUCUGACCACGGGCUACGGCCAAAACGUGCGGGACAUGGUCAACAACGCCAUCUUCCAAGAGGGCCAUACCGAAAUGGUAGUCGUCAAGGACAUCGACAUCUUCAGCAUAUGCGAGCACCACCUGCUGCCAUUCACGGGCAAGAUGCACAUCGGCUACGUGCCGUACCACUCCGUCAUCGGCCUCUCGAAGCUGCCCCGCAUCGCCGAGAUGUUCAGUCGGCGCCUACAGAUCCAGGAGAGACUGACGGCAGAUGUUGCGAAUGCCGUCAUGGAGGUGCUCAGGCCGCAGGGCGUAGCCGUGGUCAUGGAAUCCAGCCACCUCUGCAUGGUGAUGCGCGGCGUGGAGAAGUCGGCGGCGGUAACGAUUACGAGCUGCGUGCGCGGUUGUUUUGAGACAAACAAGAAGACGAUGAACGAGUUCCUGAGCUUGGUUGGCGCCAAGAGGUAA